AACUACUCUUCUGAUAAAGUUAGAACUUAUUAUUUACAGGAGUUGAUUUUGGGCGGAACUGAUACAACUGCUGUUGUUCUUACAUGGGCAUUUUGUUUGCUAUUGCGAAAUCCUCAUGUAUUGAAAAAGGCUAAAGAAGAAAUUGAUAUUCAAAUUGGCAUAGAUGGAUUUAUAAAAGAGUCAGAUAUGAGUAAACUGGUGUAUCUUCAAGCUAUAGUUAAAGAGACACUAAGAUUGUAUCCACCCGCACCUUUUUCAUCACCUCGUGAAUUUAUAGAGAAUUGUAUUUUAGGUGGCUAUCACAUCAAAAAGGGAACUCGCCUAAUGCCAAACUUGUGGAAGAUUCAUAGAGACCCUAGUGUCUGGUCGGAUCCAUUGGAAUUCAAACCAGAAAGAUUUCUUACUACUCAUAAAGAUGUUGAUGUUAGGGGUCACAAUUAUGAGUUUUUACCGUUUGGAAGCGGAAGAAGGAUCUGUGCUGGAAUGUCCCUUGGCUUAAACAUGGCUCAUUUCGCUCUGGCUAAUUUCUUGCACUCCUUUGACAUUUUGAAUCCAUCAACUGAAUCUCCUGAUAUGACUGAAAUCUUUGGAUUCACGAAUACUAAAGCCACUCCACUUGAGAUUUUGGUUAAGCCACGUCUCACUCCCAACUAUUAUGAAACUUUAUAAUCC